AUGGCAACAUCUCAAGGAAUUAACGUCCUGCGAUAUUCCGCUCUCUUCGCGGGUGUCUUCUACGGUUUAUACCACCAGUCUACUCUCAACACACAAGCGAGAGCUGCUCAGAUAGAAAAAGAAUACAAGAGAAAGGAGUCUUUGAUAGAGCAGGCAAGGGCUGAAUACAAGAACAAGAUCUCGCCACCAAAGAAGGACGACAGCAGUGUUAUCACAGAUCCAAACGAUGCGCGAUUUGACCUAGAGGCUCUUUUGAAGGCUACCGCGGGUGAGACGGCGAAAUAA